AUUUGCUACAUCUGCGCAAUCAGGCCCGGAUGGCGAUGGCAAUGUCGAUGGGCACGAUGAACCAGGUGUUUGUGGAGGGAGCGGCGGAGGAAGCGCCGCGAAUCCUCCGGCAGGACCAGCUUAUGCUCCCGCACAUGUACGCUCCACUCAAGUCCACGUCGGCGUGCCACGAAUGCACCAAAGCGUUCACUACCUUCCGUCGCAAGUACAACUGCCAAAUGUGUGGGGAAGUAGUAUGCCGCAACUGCACCGUUGCGUACGUUGCCGAAGUGUCAAAAGACGUAAUCGACGCCAAGGUGUGCAUGUCGUGUGUGUCCAUCGUGGAAGCGGAGUACCACGCGUCCUUGUCAACGUCAGCGUCAUUUCGAUCAUCCCCUCAAAUCAGUCAGCUCCGAAACACGGCCCUGUCCGCGAGCUAUCGGUCGUCAUCUGGUAGUGUCGAUGUCGGGUCGUACUCUGUGGAAGCGCAACUGGACGAGCUGCGUACCGCGCGAUCGAUGCCCGCUUUCUCGCCGGCGCUGGAGGACUAUUCAUCCGACCUGAAUGCCUUGUCCGGCGUCAACUACCCCGUCCAACUUGUGACAGCCACGACCCCGUACGAGUACGCCCUCGACUACAGCUGGGCCAACCCUUGGCCCAAACCCCCCGUAGUGCCCAACGACGCCCAGCGCGUCCAAGUACUCCGCAGCUACCCCAUCCUCGACGAUGGGUCGGUCCAAAGUUAUGGAUUUGGCGCGAUUUGCGACUUUGCAGCCCAGGUGCUGCGCUGUCCCGUGGCGGUGGUGACUGUCAUCGACGAAAAGUACGUCCGGUUUCAGGCUAGCGUCGGGCUCGCCCAAGACAAAAUUCCCCGCAGCGUGGCGUUCUGCGCCCACGCGCUCGUCUCCAAAGAGCCGACGGUCGUGCUGGACACGACCGUGGACACCCGCUUUCUCGCCAACCCGAUGGUCACGGGCGCCGGCAUCCACUUUUACGCGAGCGCUCCCAUCUGCGCUCCCAGCGGACAUGUGUUGGGCACAGUGUGCGUGAUGGAUCAGUCGGCGCGCCCUCUCGGCGUCGACGUGAGCUUGCUCGAAGUGCUGGCCAACGUAGUCGUCAAGAAGCUUGAAGAUUCGGAGCGGCGGCGGCUCCCUAGCACGAGCAGCAUGCGAAGGUCUUCCGAGGACCGAGGGGCCUCAUCGUCGCAGGACGGCGGCAAAGGGACAGACAGUGGACAUCGGCGGAGGAGUACCAGCAGUAGCAGUUCCACCGUCACGCGGAGCCAUCGCACGUCGUCGAGUGACGUGGCGUCGUCGUCAACCACGAACCACCCUCCAUACCACCCCCCAUACCCCGAGGACUUGCACCGGGUGUCGAGCGUGGGCAGCUCCGUGGCCGCAGGCGGCGCCUCGCGAGAUAGCUCGAUGGGUCUGACCGACGGACCAAACAACAACCAACCGCCACAGCAGCAGCAGUUUUUUCUCGCCCCAAACGAAUUGAAGCCGCGCACGCAGUGGGUAUCCGACUCGAAGCGCCACGACUGCCAAGUGUGCAACCGGAAAUUUUCCAUGUUCCUUCGAAAACAUCAUUGCCGCGUGUGCGGCGAAGUCAUUUGCAAGAACUGCGCCAUGUCUACCAUGUUGGUCAAGCGCGACAAGAAGGUGCCGAUCACGGCAUGCUUGGACUGCCUGCGAUCUCGCACAACGGACGCCCCCCCCCUUCCCCCCAACAGCCACUCUACCCGCCGCCGCCGCCCCGUUGAUGAGGACACGAUAAUUCUGCAUCCCCAUGGAGGUUCGACGACUAGUCCCGAGGCACACAACACCCUUGAGGGCAGCAGCAAAUCGUCGCCCGUAGAUACCCCUGUCGCCACGCCUUGCGACCUAGUCGAGCCCGAACCUGCCGAGAUCAUUCCCGUCCUGCUCCGCUAUCAAGCAUACGACGUCGACACCAACUUGGCCAUGUACAGCAAUCACGAACUGGUCCUCGACUCGUCGUCCGCGGUUGCCCCCGUGGCCCGCGACUUUUCUCAGCAAGAGAUUCAGUCCAUGCUCGUGCGCCUGCUUUCUCAAAGCAACGACAUCCAGCAUCAGAUUGCCCAAGUGGCGCCGCCCCUGCCUGCUUCGUCCCGUCGAAGCGUUUCACGUUAAUUUAACACUGUGUUUAUCCGAUACGACGAGACUAUAUUCUUGGAUUGU